AGAUGGAUAUCUGGAUAUCUUGGUAUCUACGACAAAACACGAAGAGACAGACGCAAAGCACUGCAGAGAACACGAGACACGUUUACAGCCUUCUCCCUGUUAUUACCUCUCUUUGUCCUCCUUCAUACUAUAUUUUGAGCGGAUCAAUGGAACAAAUAGCAACUAUCACGAGGUUCGUUUCUUGUUGCAAGCACGGAAAACCUAUCGCACAAGAACUUUGAGUUGGCAUCCGUUGGGUAAUGAAAAAAAUUCAAAGCACAGAUGAUCCGAGGUCGCACACUUGUUCAUUUUACAAGUUACUUAAUCAUUGUACAUGGGGAACACUUGAACAAUGAACGUCACCAUCCCUUCUUCUCCACUUUUUCAAGGACCAUGAGAGUGGAUGGAAUUUCAUAGCGCGACACUCACACAAACGGGUUUCCUAAUGGACGCAAGCAACAACUGUGAGGGUGUAAAUUGCACAACGGUCUGAUCACGUGAGAGUGGGAACUGGUAUUGAGUGCUAGGUCAGUGUUUUCUUGGAUUUUUCCCCCGUGAUAGUGGGAGUUCCUGAUGGCGCAUUAGAAUGAUGAUUCUAGAAGAUGUGUUUUUCUGAGUCAGCUGGUGAAAAUUUGUUUCCACUCGAAAGGCUGCACAUACCGCAACUCGAGAAUACAAUUCUACUGGUCGUCGUGCUGUCGUAGUGCCUGCUGGCUGACAAUCUCAAAGAGCGAUCACGCCAAAAAAAAGACGAGGACCUCGAACCCGACCCGAAUCGAGCAUUACACAAGAUAGUUCAAGGGGAACAUCCAAAGCCGAUCUAGAUAUCCAAGUGGAAGUUCGGUGCAAUCUGGGUGCAAUGUCCAUUCAUGGCAUCGUUAGUCAAUUGCCGGAGUGUAAAGCUGAAUUUGUCCGAGGUUCAAUACGCAAAACAUCGCCCUGAAUCCAAAUAUCACUCCACACAGAGUCACAGACUCGUGCUACUAUCAACAAAACUGACUCAGACAAACUGAUGAUAUUAUGCAUGGUAGGAGAGUCUAAGACCAGUUUGGAUCAAACCCGUUUGGAGCUGAGAUUUAAACGUCGGGGAAACUCUCUUCGGGGUCAGGAACUUACUUAAGAUCCACGCCAAUUAUCACUCCAAAAUGGACUUCGAGCGCGCUUCAUGACAUUGCGGAGUGAAAGGUCCAUCUGCGUUCUACCUAUUACAUGUAUCUCGGGAGAAUUAUGUAACAAGCUCGUAUCUACAUGUAAACAGUAGAUCUUUAGUGGCGGCGGCGUUAGACCGAGUCGCCGAAUGAAUGGCCCUUUGAUAACCUGUGCGCAAACUUGAAUGUCCUGUCCAUCUAUUUACAAAACUAUCGAGAGAGCAUUGCAUCUAGAUUAUGCACAAAACACCUGCCCAAGAGCACAGCGGGAAGCAAUUACGAUAUUUAGAUCAAGUUACGUCUCUGUUCUUUGAUAAGAAAACAUGAACAUGUACUGCCCAAUCAGAACUAUAGAGUAGUGGUCAUGUGUAGCAUAAUAGUGUGUGUAUGUGUGUAUGUAAUCACGUACAAGGUAAAUAUGUGAUUCAAUGAACCUGACUUCGUGUCAUUUCAAAAUUGAAACAUUUGAAAUCCAUGCUAAACAUAGUCUCUGGUUUAACUUUGGACUUUGCCUCCGAGAUUCUCGGUUCACUGAAAAUGUCGGACAUUUCUUUGAUGGAAGCACCAAUACCGGGUCAAGCGAAUAACCCCGAGCAAAGGGUCGUCACGGAACAACCUAAAUCUCUGAGGAAUUCCACUCAAGACAAUAGGGCGAUAUCCAAUCCAGCGUUGGAACAACUGGCCAAUUCAGACAAGAUCGUGGUCCAACAAUUGGCCGGAAUCACAGAAGCUUGUUGUUUCUGUUGUGAUUAUGAAGAUGAGAAUGAGUUCGAGAUCUACGAUAACUUUGGGGCAGUCAUUUUGAAGGCCGUGGAACACAGUAACUGCUUAACGCGUCAAUGUUGCGAGCAACUCCGAGGGUUUUCCAUGGAUAUUCGAGACCGACAGGGCAACGAAAUCGUACGAGUAGUUCGUCCAUUUCGUUGCAAUAAUAUAUUUUGUUGCCCCUGCUUCAAUCAAAACAUGCACAUCGAGUAUCCUAAGGGCAACGUGAUUGGGUCAAUUGAGCAGAGGAUCUCCCUUUACCCAAAAUACAACGUGUGCGAUUCCAAAGGUGACGCCAUCUACACCAUUGAAGGUCCAUCUGCCUGUAAACGGAGUUGCCGGAGAUGUUGCUGCAGCUUUUGGAUGAAAUGCUGCUGUUGUUCGAGAGAUAUUGAGUUUAACAUUUUAGAAGAUGGCGAGAAAGUCGGCGUGAUAGCCAAAAGAUUGGCCGGACCUGCUGAACGAGAAGCCAGAGCGAAUUCGUCGGAACGGGAUCGAUUUGGCGUGGAUUUUCCCGAUGAAGCCAGUCUGGACAUGAAGAUCAUCCUAACCUCUGUUUGUUUCCUCAUCGAUUAUUUGUACUUUGAAUUCGAUGGCGUUGUCGACGAGGUCCUUGGAUAACAAUUACGACAAAAAUCACCAUGCUCGAAAGGGGAACACUUUAUUGACAAAUCACGAGAAUAUACAAGCGUGUGUUAAAACAGCGAGGGGACAAUAAUAGAACGUUUACAAU